CGUUUGCGACCCUGGGGCGGCCGGGUACGGGUAAAGAAUCAAAACCCGUUAGCGACCUCUUCCUCCAACACGCCACGCGUUGAUGAAUAGAACUGGCUAAGCGUCACAUUGGCGGAGCUGUGCGAGAGCUUCCCUAGAUAAACAAAGGACGUUAUUUCAUUAUUAUUGUUGUGACAUACAGCACCAACAUAUCCCGUGUCACGUUACCCGCACCCCGAUGUAACUGAGAAGAAAAGUGCGCAUUAGCCAAUCGAUGUCUCCGCUGCUUGUUACUCCCUCUGUCCCCCGAGUAAAUUCAACGCGUGCGAGAUGAACGUUGAUCGUGGGCAUAGGACGAGAGGGACCAGGGUUCAGCUCACGGACUUCGAUAUGGGGGAAGGAGUUAGCGGCGUGAGCGGCUUCGAAGCAGGAGGAGGAGGAGGGCGAUCCAGGAGCCAUAAGGCCAGCACAAGAGAAGGAGCGACCACCCCCGCAGGCGCGCUCACGAGUGAAGGUUGAUUUGGAGACGUGGACGAGGCACGGUCGCUGAAACAGCGGACAACAUCGUGGAGAAGAAGAAGAAGAAGAGAGAAAGGGCGAAUUGAUUUGGGAUAAGGCACCAUCGGCUUACCCGGAACGGCAGAAGAUGCACCCGAGCGACGUGUCUGAGAGCAAACGAAUGAUUAUGAACGACAGUGCCAGCGCUGAGAACAAGUGCUUGUACAACGAGGACAUUCUUUCAAAUAUAAUGCCUCCCGUACUCUUGCUGGAGUUUGUCUUCGGCCUGAUGGGCAACCUGUUCACCAUCUGGAUCACGUGGUGGCACAUCAAGGUGUGGAGCGGCUUCACUGUCUACCUCUUCAACCUGGCCCUUGCCGACUUGCUCUUCGUCGUCCAGCUGCCGCUGAGGAUCGCCUACCACUUGCGCGUCAACGACUGGAUCCUGGGAGAAUUUUCGUGCGACCUCAUGAUAACGCUCUUCUACACCAACAUGUACGGCAGCAUCUACUUCCUCACCUGCAUCAGCGUCGAGAGGUGGCAGGCGAUCGACAGGCCCCUGCACUCGCUGGCCCGAAAAUCGCCGGGCCGUGCCACGAUCAUAAGCCUGGCAAUGUGGGCCUUGGCUAUUAUACCUCAAAUAGGGAUGCCGUUAAUCUUUGACCUCAUCCACGACAGUAGCAACAAAACCAAUUGCCUCAGCUUCAACCAAGAAGGCGUCAUGCUAGGCUUCGGAAUUUGGAAUACCGUGGAAGUGAUCAUCGGAUUCCUCAUUCCGUUCAUCAUCAUCAUCUUUGUCCAAAUAAAAAUCACCCACAAGUUGUUGUGCCCAAGCAUGAACCCUGGACUGGAGCAGAUGCGAAAGAGAGCUUCGCGCUUGAUGAUCAUAAUCCUCGUCAUUUUUGCCACCUGCUUCGUCCCCAUUCACAUCUUCCGCGUUUUCCUCGUGGCGGCGAAACUUUACCUGCCCAAAAACUGCGGCCUCAACCAGUUGGCCUUCGAGGGCGUCUACUGGAGCCUGCUGCUUUCCAGCUGCAACUGCUUCAUGGAUCCGCUCAUCCUCUUCGCGUCAGGCAACCGCUUUCGCAGGGCGGCCGCGUUGGCGGUGAGCGCGUGCGUGGGGCGGACGCGCGGCGCCGCGAAGGGACGAACGACGUCGUCGACAAUAAACAUGCACAGCCUCGAGGCGAAGGAAAACGAAAGCGGCCAUCAAGGCGUGCCGGGUUGUUGAUGGGGCCGUCGGCGUCGACGGAUUCUAGCGCCCAACGCCGCGUGCGGGCGGAGGCAGGGAUUCUGGCGAUGGGCCGUCACGUCUGGGCAAAAUGGCAUACCGAGGGAAGGUGUAAAUGCGUCAUUAAACCCGCCACCACCCGACACAACCAAGUAGUAAGGUUUGUCA